UCUUUAUGUAAAUGAGGGUGGAUCCGUCGAAAGACUAGUUACUGAGUUUUUAACAGGUUCACAAGAUGGCGAAGACAUAUGACUACUUAUUCAAGUUGUUACUUAUUGGUGAUUCUGGUGUCGGAAAAACAUGUGUACUGUUUCGCUUCUCCGAGGACGCCUUUAACUCGACGUUUAUUUCUACAAUAGGUAUUGAUUUCAAAAUUAGGACGAUAGAACUUGAUGGAAAGAAAAUUAAAUUACAAAUAUGGGACACAGCGGGACAGGAACGAUUCAGAACUAUUACGACAGCUUACUACAGGGGCGCCAUGGGUAUUAUGUUAGUAUAUGAUAUCACUAAUGAAAAGUCAUUUGAGAAUAUACGGAACUGGAUCCGCAAUAUAGAGGAGCAUGCGUCCCAAGAUGUGGAAAAAAUGAUAUUAGGAAACAAGUGUGAUAUGAACGACAAACGGAUGGUGUCGAAGGAGAGGGGCGAACAGUUAGCUAUAGAACAUGGUAUCAAGUUCAUGGAGACAAGUGCUAAAGCCAGUAUCAAUGUCGAGGACGCCUUCUUCACACUUGCACGGGAUAUCAAGGCAAAAAUGGACAAAAAACUGGAGAGGAACAGAAUAGCAGAGGCAUCCAGUGCACAGAACAAAGGGGGCGGAGUGAACCUCAAAGAAAAACCUCAGCAAAAAAGCUCAAGGUGGAGAUGUACCAUACUCUGAAUGUAAAUGUGUUCUGAUUGGUUAAAAACUGUCAUGUGAUACCCUUAGGACCAUUUGAUUGGCUUUCCGGUAUUUCUGUUGGGCUAUACCAAUGAGCAGAUGAUGGAUAUGACCUUUCUGUGUGGUAGAGCCAGGGUCAAACGUACUAAACCUGAUCUUCACAUUGGAGAGUUCUGUUAAUAUAUUUUAAAGGGAGACCACUCUAUUAGUUUGUUUGACCCUUGACCCCAUGAGCCUUCUCUGAAGUAAAGGGAGAUAAUACUGUUCCAUUU